AUGCUGGCGCACCCCGCCGGGGACUCGCCUAGCCCCGAGCCCACCCUGCCCGGCUCCCUGCACUCCAUGUCCGCGGAAGUGUUCGGCCCCAGUCCUCCGUUCUCCUCGAUAUCCGUCGACGGCGGUGCUAACUACGGCAAUCACUUGUCACACCCACCAGAAAUGAACGAAGCGGCCGUGUGUUACCUUGGUUUCGGUUUGGUUUUCGUUUGUUUCGGUUCGGUGCGGUUCCAGGGCCGCCGCUCUCCCAUCGGGGUGGGCGCAGGGCACUGCCCGCUCGCUGCCCCCGCACCCUCCCGACCCGCCGCCUCUCCCCGCAGGUGUUUCGGGACCAAGUGUGCGGGCUGUGCCCAGGGCAUCUCCCCCAGCGACCUGGUCCGCAGGGCGCGGAGCAAAGUGUUCCACUUGAACUGUUUUACGUGUAUGAUGUGCAACAAGCAGCUCUCCACCGGCGAGGAGCUCUAUAUCAUAGACGAAAACAAGUUCGUCUGCAAAGAAGAUUACCUAAAUAACAGCAAUACUGCCAAAGAAAACAGCCUGCAUUCAGCUACCACCGGCAGUGACCCCAGCCUGUCCCCCGACUCCCAAGACCCCUCCCAGGACGACGCCAAGGACUCGGAAAGCGCCAACGUGUCCGACAAGGAGACGGGCAGCAACGAGAACGACGACCAGAACCUGGGGGCCAAGCGGCGGGGACCCCGCACCACCAUCAAAGCCAAACAGCUAGAGACUCUGAAGGCCGCCUUCGCGGCCACCCCCAAACCCACGCGGCACAUCAGGGAGCAGCUGGCGCAGGAGACCGGCCUCAACAUGCGCGUCAUCCAGGUGUGGUUCCAGAACCGCCGCUCCAAGGAGCGCCGCAUGAAGCAGCUGAGCGCGCUGGGCGCCCGCCGGCACGCCUUCUUCCGCAGCCCGCGCAGGAUGCGGCCGCUGGUGGACCGCCUGGAGCCCGGGGAGCUGCUUCCCAACGGGCCCUUCUCCUUCUACGGAGCGACGACAUUUAGCGACUUGCAGAGAACCCCGGGGGGGUUCGUCCGGGUUAGGGAGGAGGAGAGGGGCGGGGCCGUGCGUACCCCGCAUCGCAGCGCGGGCGGCACAGCGACCCGGGGCACCGCUCCGCAAUUCCGAGGGCUUUUCCGGCGCUCGUUGGCACCGACGCGGCGCGGCGUCCCGUCCGGCCGUGGGGAAGCUCAGGGCUGUGCCACGGCCUGGAGCACCGCCGCACCGCGCUGUUCGCUCGGGGAGAUGUCCGAACCGGGCGGGAGAUGUCCCAUCUCCCGGCAGAUCUUUGUUCAGGCGGCGCCCCAGCCCCGCGCCCUCUCACUGCGGGGAAAGUUGCGGGAGAGGCGCAGGGAGCCGUGCGGGGCCGAGGGGAUCCCAACGGACUCCCGCAUCCCCGGGCCCGGUUUGUACAGCGGACCGUCCGCCCUUAGAAAUCGCUCUCGAGACGAAGGGCCCUCCCAGCUCCGCAGCGCUCCGCGGUACCGGCGGAGGCCCCGCAACUCGCGGCGGCCGCGAGAAGGGUGA